AUGAAGCUCAUCGCAUUGACCGGGCUCGUCUACCUGACAUCGCUCGUCGCCACCGCGCCACCUUCCUCACAUCUUGCCGAAAUCUCCGUGCGCGACGUCUCGCCACUCGAACAAUACAACACAUUGGAAAAGCGCAAAGGCGGCGGCGGCGGCAAGGGAGGAGGCGGCGGCAGUAGUAGCGGUGGAGGACGAUCUAGCGGCUCAGGAGGGUCGGGUGGCUCAAGGCCGGCAUCAUCAUAUUCCUUUUCUUCCAGUUCCAACGCGGGAGGUCGCACGCGCGACGGUUCGGGCACUCCGAAGACCUACGGAAACAGAUAUGCUGGCGGCGCAACAGUGCCGUACACCGCUGGUGGAAGGUCGCCGACAAGAGGCAUCGCACCCUACGCGCUGCCCAUCACAGCCCUGGCCUUCUUCCCCGGCAUCUGGCUGUACGCCACUGUCUUCGCUUAUCCAUACCCGAUGUACUACUCCUGGAAUCACGACGGGCAGAACAGGACGAGCAAUGUGACCUGCCUAUGUCAGCGCUAUCAGGUCUGCGGUUGCGAUCCUACAGACAACAGUACGUUUCUGGACCAAGUCGUCUCCAACGGCACUGGCCAGCCGGUGAACUCCAGCCUCGUUCGCACUGUCGACUACGGCAAUGGCACCGCCGAUACGUAUAUCAAUGGGUCGCUGGCAAAUGGCACCACCGCUCCUGGUGGCACUGAUCCCUCCAGCGAAAGCGAGAUCAGUGCCGCCAUGAGGCUCACAAUGAAUUACGGUGGAUAUUGGGUGAUGGUCGCCACGGUGGCCUCUGGGAUGUGGAUGGUAGCCUAG